AUGGGUAGAAAAUCCAAGAGGAGUCGACUAGUAGAAGGAGAAGUGGAUGCAGCACAAUACGUCACAGUACGGAAGGUUCGUAAAGUUGAUGAAGAUGGCAAGGUAGAUGUCCAGCGCAUUAUAAAACCAGUGCAGGAUCCCAGAGCUAGUUACAAGCAACAACACAAUGGCGCUGCUACGGGAUCUAACGUUCAGGACGAGUGGGAAUAUCACAACAAUGGCGUAAAUGACAACGAAACCAUUCUUGAGACCCCCAAAAAAAAGACACAGAAAGACUACAUAUUACAAUUUGUUCAACGUGUUGAUACCUUUCUGGGUGCUUUACUAUCCCGGGAAGCGCUUCUUGAUAAUGAACGACUAUGUCAAUCUUGCCGAGGGGGAAAAAUUGCAAUCUGGAGGUGUAAAGACUGUGCAUUAGGACGUACUAUGUGCCGCAAAUGUCUGCGGCAUGCGCAUAUGGAGGAUCCAUUUCACAGAGUUGAGUGUUGGAAUGGAAAAAACUUUCGAUCUGCGGAACUGUGGGAAGUAGGAUCAACAGUUGUUGUCCCACAUCACACAGGUACCAGGAUAUGCGACAGUUUACAGCUGCAAACAAAGCAAUUGGAGGAGAGUGAGUGCAUCAAAGAUGAAGCCGAGCAGCAUUCUCUUCGGCGAGCAAUUCCGACUGUCGACAACGCACCUGUUGAUAUUGCACAAGACGGCGAGAUAGAUGGCGACAACGGCAAACCAAACGGCGAACUAGAGCAAAGAACAACUGCUGCAGCCGACAUUAACCUUGAAUUACUCCAGGAUCAAAAUUUCUUUGAAUACCUGGAUGCACUGUGUAAUGGGUCGGAUUCCGAACCUAUAGAGGAACCCGAUGAUGAUGCCGAAGCUAGUGAGGAAAAUGGCGAAGACGAGACUGAGCCAACCAACUGGAAUGACAUGAACUAUAAUCACGCUGCACGAGUACGUGUGGUACAUACCAAUGGGAUUCACCACAUAUCCUUGGUGACAUGCUCAUGUAGUGGCAUGCAUAACAUUCCUUGCGAUUUGAUUGCUUUCCGCCUUUGGCCUACAAGUUUUAUCAGAAUCAGAACACUUUUCUCAGCACAAGUUUUGGAUGGCUUUCGGCUUGCCAAUCUAGAACUGCAUGCAUCGGCAUAUCAGUUCUACCACUUACUUCGCCGAAUAACUAGUCCAAUGAAUCCGUCAGGAGUAGUUGACCUGUAUAAUGAGUUUCGUCGUAUGACACGGCUUUGGCGAUGGACAAAGAAGCUCAAAUGGGCAGGUUAUGCUGGACAUAAUGGAAAAAAGGUUGCCGAGGUUGAGAAUGGCGAGCUCGCCAACUACUGUCCUGCAUGCCCUCAACCUGGAAUCAACCUACCAAGCAAUUGGGAAGAGGAUCCCAAUCGGUUUGUUUAUCGCCAAAUUCUCAUGGCCGAUGGGAAUUUUAAAGCUGAUCACGUACAACCUAAGAAGCCAUCUCAUGAUGUAUGGCUGUCUGAAGGAAGUGGAAUAAUACCCAACCGCGAGGAGUAUCAUGCGUUCUUGAAGAGCGCUAUUGAGAAGUUAACGGUAUGGUCUGCACAACUUGGUUCAAUUUUGACAAUGUUAACAAAGGAAAAUCUGCAGGGUGCACCCUGCGAAAACACAUUCCGAGCAAUCACAGGUGCCUUACAAGCGUCAAAAUCCUGUGAUGUAACAGGAGUUGUGGGCAUCGCAUGUGCUCGGCAUGGAUGUUAUGCUCCGAACUCACUAGUUGAUUUGUUUAAAGGCGAGCAGCAAAAAAACGUGGAUUUUGCCUUGCUCGCCGCCAUCAAAUCAACUGGUGUGCAUCCUAAACAGGGGUUGAUGUUCAUGUAUGAUGUCAUCUGCCAAUUCUUUGUAUACGUGAAAGAGAGGAUCGGUCACUUACUUCCUGAGGGAUUGGACCUUGAUCGUGCUAUUGGAUUGUUUCAUGUGCAUGCGCACAAAGAUGAAUGUCUGUUUUGCUAUUCGCCAUCUUUCAUCCCAGGUGCUGCCAGAGUUAUUGGGGAAAUUCUUGAAACCUUGUGGGCAAAGCUAAAUGGAAUCUCGCCAACAGCUAGAACAGCCACACUUGCACAUAGAGCCGAAAUGCUAGAUGACCACGCAACGGACUCCAACCACAAAAAAGCCCUCGACAUGCCGAAAGAUCUUUGCCGACGUUAUGUCGAAGCAAUCGAAACUCGUGAUUCAACCCAGAAGUAUUUUGCCGAAGUGUCUCAAGUAGUGCCCCAGGACCUUGUAAAUCUUUGGACUUGCCAAAUUACGGAUGCAGAGGCUCAACGACUAACCACACCCAAUGUUAUGGAUAUUUAUGCUGCAAAAGGGCGAGGACAGGAUGGCGAAGCUCUCGAUUCAGAUGCUGCAUUGAUUACAGAGGACCCAGUAGAGGCCUAUAUACAAUUUGCGUUAAUUGUUGAAGAAAAAGAGAUUGAAAUUCGCCUUUGUGUUCGCCAAUUGACAAAGUUGCCUCGGCAUGCGGAUCCUCAUAAGAUCCAAACACUUCGAGACAAAUUAAGACCGCUCCUAGGAGAACUUGAGCGAUUACAAGAAGGUGCUGGCAUUAUUGAAGAAAAUACAACUCGACAAGGAAGUAUUGUGGAGCUACUAGAUUGGGCAGAUGAGUGCUCGCCCGAUGAGGUGGUAGAAGAAAGACAAGCUACUGCACCAUCUGUUGAGCUCAUUGAAGAUCACAAGAUAUGCCUUCCAUCCCACGGAAACGCAAGCAGAAGUCUGGCUCCACACGAGCUGAAGAUGCGAAUUUUUCAAGCAAAAUCACAUCUCAAUAAAAUUCGCAACCUGAUUGCCGAGAAAUCUUUUCAGUAUUCAAAUGUCAUUUGCAAGGCACCUAGAAAGGGGGUCAGAACACGUUCAAGAGCCAAAAUUGACGACAUGAACCACCAAAUAACCUUUUAUAGCCAGUUGUACACAGAAUGUUGGGCACGUUUGAUCCUACUUGGCGCAGACAAUGCUACCCUUCAAAAAUUCCAAGUGCUGAAAAAAGAGGAUGUAAAGACAAGUACAGCAAUUCUGGAUCCAAACACACCUGGUUCCACGAGAGUACAGUUGUCAUGGAUAUGGCAUACUGCUAUUCAACGUCUUGGUCCAAACAUUAUUGCCGAGGGUGGUGAAUUUCAUGUCGCCAAUGCUGAAAAUGGCGCUAUUGAUCUGGACGAAACGGAUCCAGAAACACUCACCGAAUUCAAAAGGGUUCACUGGCUGCGUGCUAGGGCGCAGUUUCAGAGAUGGAAUGAGGAGGCCACAAUCCUGGACUACGAGAUGCUCUGGACUGUGAAUUACUUCGUCCAUAAAGCCGAGUGGUGGAGGUGUAGUGCUUCUGUGCACAGCAAUGGCGAGGUAUUGGUUGGCGACAUGGUGCAGCGAGGGCGAAUAGCAUAUGCCGAGCGCCAAGCAUCGCUUUGGGAUAAUCUCGCCCGCCAAGCAGAUUAUCUAUUUCGGAUGACCAAUCCAAACUAUAAAAAGCAAUUCUAA